UCACGCACGGCCUGUACACAAACCGCGCGUAAAAAUGUCGAUUUUGAGGCGGAUUUUUCCAACUCUUUCUCGCACCCGUUUUUGUGAUAGAACGAUUAUCAAACGAUCCGCAUCUUCAGAGUCCAAGCCAGCACCAUGGCCAAGAAAAGUGUUUUCGGGUGUGCAACCGACCGGUGCCCUGCAUAUUGGCAACUACUUGGGUGCCGUGAAACGAUGGGUGGAGUUGCAGGAGGCGGGUGAGGACGUAACGUACUGUAUCGUCGAUUUGCAUUCCAUGACCAUACCACCGGAACCGGAGACGCUGCGCUACAACACGUUGCAAAUGACGGCCACCCUGCUGGCCUGUGGGAUCGACCCGGAAAAGGCUACGCUGUUUCUGCAAUCGGCCGUACCUCAGCAUGCCGAACUGUCCUGGAUACUCGGUUGCCUCACGACGAUGGCCCGCCUAACGCAUCUUCCGCAGUACAAAGAGAAAUCGGCAAACAUGAAAGAGAUCCCACUAGGACUGUACCUGUAUCCGGUGCUGCAAGCGGCCGAUAUUAUGCUCUACAAGGCGACGCACAUACCCGUGGGCGAGGAUCAGAUACAACAGCUACAGCUGGCCCAAUCGCUUGCCCGUGCCUUCAACAAUAAGUACGGUCGUACGUUUCCCUUCUGUGAGGCACUCGUUAACGAUGGUAGUCGGUUAAAAUCGUUGCGUGAUCCGUCCAAAAAGAUGUCCAAAUCGGACCCCGAUCCCAAGAGUUGUAUCAUGCUGAUCGAUCCACCGGAGCUGGUGCUUGAAAAGGUGAAAAAAUCAGUUACAGAUUUCCGGUCGGAGGUAACGUUCGAACCGGAGCAGCGACCUGGUGUGUCGAAUCUCGUUACGAUUCACUCGCUGGUUAGCGGAAAGACGGUAGAGGAGAUAUGCCAGGAGGUAACGGGGAAGAAUACGGGCCAGUACAAGCUGAUAGUGGCGGACGCACUGAUCGAACACCUGCGACCGAUACGGGAACGUAUAGCACAGUACACGGGCGAUGUCGCAUAUCUGACCGGUGUGAUUGAGGAUGGUAGCGAGCGCGCUAGGGCUAUAGCUGAGGAUACGAUCGCCGAGGUGAAGGAAAAGAUUGGUGUUGAUUGUUUUACUGCUACAAGGAGAACCGGGGUGAGGCAUCAGAAUAAAUAAAGUUCAACCGCGUUAUUAGUCAGCCGUGUACCAAAUAGCACACACGUUU